AUGUUCUCGAAACGCAAUCGCCAUGAGCGCAGCGGCUCGUCUGGGAAUGCCGUUGCUGUUGCUGGACCUGCUGCCCCCGCUCCUCGACCAGCGAAUAUACAGGUCAGUCCGGCUAUACCAGCGCCUCUGGUCAGUCCGUUGCAGAUGACUUUCGACUUCGAGUUGGAGCCACCAGGAGGAUCUAUAGCCGAUUCGUUUCGUCCGAGUGAGGAUAGCAUCGCGCGACCACGGACAAGUGAUGGGAUGGGAGCGUCAAGUACAGGAAAGAGUAGUAUUGGUCUGCUGCCGCCAUCACUACCUCCUAUACCAAGAGUCGCGAGCAGAGACCUCAGCUUGAGAAGUGCGGUCUCUCAGGAUUUCAAGUCGACUUCAUCGAGUUCUGAGGGCAUGAGACAGCGGGCGAGGGACCAGAGUGACAACGUGAGUACACUUAGCUCGAGCAGCAGAAAGAGUGGCAUACAGCUUCCUUCACUCCGGAAUAUGGAGCAUCCCGUCAAUCUCAUGCCCACAUCUGGUCUACUGAGCGGGAGGACGAAUGAGGGGAGGAAGUUGAGUGAUGUGGCAGAACCGAAUUCGGGUAGUGUUCCAUCUCUGAUGCAGGCCUCGAUCUUCCCAGCGAGGACUGACACCGCGAAACUCCAGUCGCCUGUACAGGCCCAAGUCACUAGCGGACCUGUGAUGUCGCGGGAGUUCAUCGACAGUCGAGACAAACCGUACAAUCAUCGGCCACCUUCUACAUUGUCGACAGCGCCGCCUCAGCUAAUACAACAGCCUCCUUUGCCUCGACCUGGACAAAUGCCAAGUAGCAAUAGUAUGCCCCUUUUGACAAAUAACCUCGCCUCUUUCUCGUCCCAGCGACAGGCACCACCACCAAUCUCGACCCUACAGACGCCGCAGAGCUUCGGAGGCUUCUAUACACAAAGUCUACCUUCGCCACAAAUGCCGAACUCGCCAGGAGGCAAUUCAUUACGAGCGCCCAAGAUCAGUGGCGCACGACUCAGUCCAAAUAGUUCAAUGGAGAAUCUCAACACCCUACAGAGGACGUCAACCAGCGGAACAGCAAUAUCACGAACUACGACUAAUUACAGCGAGUCGACUGCUGCGCGGCCAACGCCCAGUCUACACUCCUCUGUCACACGGCCGGCGAUAUCUCCUUCGAUGUCUUCGCCUUCGCCUCUAAGCGCGGGCACGAUCGGGACGCCAUACCAGGAGAAUUCGCCUUUGAAUCCACUGCCGCAGUAUGUGGCGACAAGACCGAAGACCGCUGGCGCCACGGCCAAGCUGAAAGGCGUAGACGUGCCCACCUAUCACACGUCGUCCACGAAGCCGCCAAACACCGACCGAGCAGCAAGCAAGUCGGACAAGCGCAAGACACGACUACUGAAUCCUAUGACUCUCCUCUCAAGACGAAAGAGCAGCCAAACACCCGAAGAGAUCGUUGUUGAUCGGGCUAACGCUGUACAAGCGUAUGCUAGACAGCGAAGCGUGGCAGCCGUCGGCGUGAACAAGAUGCCCGCCGACUUCGACCCGCGGAUAAAGAGCAACAGAGUCCACGACUUUAGUGCUCCCAAACCACCUCGACGAAACUUCUCUCACGGUGAUGCCUACCUGGAUUCGGACGACCAGCCACGGAUGGGCAGCCACGCAACGCCGGUGCCACAAUUUCUUUAUGAGCCGGUGCAGGACAACGAUUCGAUGAUGCGGCAUAAUCACCAUAUCAGUGAUGGCGCUAACGUAAGACGGAGCACGCACUCUCCUGUUUUUCGAGAACAUCUCGACGACGAUACGUAUGUUAGUCAACGUAAUAGUUCACUUAACGCUGAGAGGCUGGAGAACAAGGACUUUCUGCAGCGGGUGUCACAUCAUUCAUCUAACAGUGCUUACUCCGUUGAAAGUGCUGUCCUCCCGCCUUUCGCGCGAAGAAGCCAGGUACUGGAUCAGAUGCAAGGUAACCUGGUCCAAGACGACGAUUCAAAACGCUCGAGCGAUCCUUCAAGUGGAAGUGGAAGUGGCAGAGGAGCUGGAGAACGAGACUCGAAUCUCAGCACCAUCAGCCAAGUCUCUCCGGUGACACAGAGAAGUAGUACCGUACAACAAGUCGUUUAUACACGCGAUAGUCCAUCAUACAGUCUGAGCCCAGUCUCGCCAGCUUUCUCCACCGAUAACAAGUUCAGACCGCUUUCCGGCUUCGAGGGCAUUGGGCCUCAUAUGCCUGUGUCUCCUGAGUCCAGAGGAAGGACAGUCAGCGAAGCCACUGCUCGACCACUAUCUACGCCACUCCCUGGUCCCGCGACUGGCGACGAGAAGGAGAGUGCAGCUGCAAAGACCGAGAGGGAAAGAAGUCCGUACCGUAAUUCGGCUGAAGCACCGGAGUGGGUCAGCCCUUCUUCUCCGGGACGAAGAGACACACUGAGCAUACCUAUCCCGCUUCCGGGCAGGACAUCGGACAUGACCACUCCUGAAAUGACACCUGAGAUUGGCACGGCGAACUCUAUCUCGUUCGCGCCUGUUGCUGCUUCACAGCUUACCGCCACCAGGAGUAAUGCUUCGAGCGCGAAGGUCGUGGAGAAGCGUGCAUCUGCUGUGGGACACUCUUCAAAGAGGAACUCAACGGGUGGGCCAAAGCAUCGAGUCUCUAACGCUUCACGGUUCUCUUUCCAGUUUGGCGAGAGUGCUGGUGAGGAGCAGGCUCUAGAGGAAAAAGGGAGGUUAGUGGGCAGAGCUAGUCGGGCGAGUGGUCAAAGAUAUGUGAAUGAAGAUGAAGAGGAGGAUGACUUUGAUGAGGACGCUAUCGAUGACAUGGAUGAGCUGGAGAUGGAGCAAGGGCUUGGCGAGGAGGGAGAUGAAGUUGACGAGCUUGAGGAGGAUCGUUCUCAUGAGCAAGCGACCGCACAGCCAGUGAGAUCCCCAGAGCCGCCGCACGCUUCACUGGCGCAGGUCAAGCAUACGCGACAGCAAUUGCAAACGCCAGACUCUGAUGAGGAGUCGAUGUACGAGGAAGAAGAGAAUGAGAUCGUCGACGAACGCAAGUUGAGGCACUUGACCUGGGCCGAGCACCCUGCUAUGCGCGGUUACUCUGCUCUUAGCAUGCACUCCCAUGAUGAGUCGCUCGCUACGGACGAAGGAAUGGCAUUACUGAGACUGCAACAACAGCUUGCCCAAUCCCCUCAUGCACCGGAAAAGGUUCAUAAGCGCCUGGCUAGUGGUGGCUCCGCUCUUACUAUCGAUACAUCGGCACUCACGCCGAACCUCAACAGUAAUGCUAACGGUGAAUUUGUACAAGACUCCUUCUCGGAUCGCAAUAGUGUUCCCGGUGGAGUGGCUGGUGCGAGGCCGAGGAGCGGGUUCUAUAUGCAGCCUGCUGCUGCAGGAUACUCGCCUAGUACCAGUGCCGCUACGAGUCCGCAAGAACAGAGGCAGCAGGAGGGCCGGCCAGUGCUCCCGCACAGGCAGAGUGGUAACAGCGAAAGGAAUCGGGUCGCAAGCGGCAUGAGCUUUGGUGGACCCACCGCUGGUAGUCCCCGUCAGAUCACGGAAGACAAGCAGGCGCGCAUCACCAGUGCUUCGACACUCGGAGGCAGGUCGUCAGGAGCCAGGUCAAACUCCUCAGGUCUGGGCUUAAGCAUGCUGAGUGACUUCAACUUCAGUGAAGGCCCUGAUGUUAGUCUUGGCGAUACUCGACCCACAUCUCUCGGAACAGCAGACGACAACAGGCCUCAAAGUACUAUGAUGACGGCGGCAGCAAAUCGCCGGACUAAGGAUAGCGAGACCAUGCCUGCUAAUGCAGGCUGGGCGGACCUCCAGAACCGCUUCACGCCGUCUCACGAUCGAAACAGCUCCGGUGCGUACCUCUCGAGUCCCGAGAGUAAUGCGAGGAGCUCAACGGCCGCACCUUACAGAGGAGCAAUAGGACAGAACAUCCGCCAGAAGAAUGCGAUGAGCAAUCAAAAUUUGCAGUACGCGCAGUCUGAUUCAGACGAAGACGAUGGGCAGGCCGAAGAUGACAUGUACUUCGACGAUGGCGGCUUUGAGCAGGACAUCAAGACUCUGCAGGGCAGUGGUGCCCGUCGACCUGGUAGUGCUAAAAUUGAUGAGAACCAAUUCGACGACGAUGGAUAUCUGGACGGGUACGGACGCCUCGGUACGCAAAUGCCGCAGAAUCAGCGACAGCGACCAAUGAGUGGAGUGCCCUUUGCGCCAGCUUCGACAGCUGGGGAUGGGCCAUAUCCGUCUUUCGCCAAAGGCGGCAAUGCGAAUAAAGCUUUGGCCAGAGAGAGCAUGAUGUUGCUCGAAGAUCUAGCCCUUGUGAACCCUGUGGAUCCGAAGCUCAUUCCCCAACGCAAUCCGUCGGAGGAUGCGAAGAGACUCGGCUUGAGCAGUCGUGUGCCACCUCUCCCAGCGCAGCCAGGGUCCAAGGAAGCACUGAUGAGGAUGCAGGACAAACUCCAGACAUAUCAUGCCAGUCUUGCCGAGGCGGCGAACAAAGCCGCUGAGGAAGGGAGGUUCUACAGGCAAGCUAGUGUUAGUACUGCGCAUAGUCUUGCUGUUGGAGGUGAUCGUGGCCUAGGAGACGACCAGAAGAGCCUUGAUGAACGAAGUCAUUACUCUCGAGAUGAGCAAGGUGCGGGCAGUGAAGGUCUUGGCGUUCCUGGUGCUGGUGAGGUGGUCAGUAGGACGACUUCGCAAGUCACGACCGGCUCAAAGAUGGGUCAGAGUACGACUUACUCGCCGCCCAAACUCUCCUUUGACUUCGGUUUCGGCGAACAUCUCACGAAUGACAAUAAGCUGGACGACAGUCUCGACGAUAACAACCUUGACGACUCUUUCGGUUCUGCCGACGACGACAUAAUUGCAGCUGCAAACGCUGAAGCGCUCGCCUCGGACACAGAAGGAUUCUAUGGCCAAGAGUUCGGCUUCUAUGCCAAGGCCAAUCCAAACAAUGGCAAUGGACCCUUCCGCGAGGCCUUGAAUGGAGGAUUCUUCGGGACCGAUGGUGACGAUGGCCUGGCGAGGAACAAGAGUCUGCAGGAGCCAAAUCUGACGCCUAUAACAGAGCGAACAGAGAUGAGUGCGAGAAAUUCGUUCAUCCAUCUUGGUCAAGGUGGCAUGUUCGGACCUUCAAGUGCUGGUUUGGCCAGUCCAGCUUUGAUGGGACGAUUUCCUGUCCUCCCGCUUGCGGAGGGAGAGGUCACCGACUUUGAGCAGCUGCGCAAAUUGAAGGGCAACGCCUUUGGUGGGAGCAAUGGGAGUCUGAGGAACGAUCUCGGACCUAUUGGAGCUGCUGGAAAACCUGGACUGCCACCUCUUUCUGCUAUCGGUGGUUGGAACCAUGCCGCUCAGAGCCCGGUCGUCAGUGCCAGGUCCCCUACGGCUGCUGCAGGCCAAGGACAGGGAUAUUUCAGUGGUAUGGGUGGAACACCGAUGAGCUUUGGGUGGAGUACCGAUAGUAACGGCAGCUCGAGUGGCCCGAGCAGUGCGCACCCUGGUGUCCUUGCGGCCAACGCCAAUGCGCAUGCUGCCAAUAAUGGUGGAUGGGGAAGCUCGCAAGCUUAUGGAUUCCAGGAUAGUCCGAUGUCUGCCAAUGCAACCUCAAGUCUGCAUCCGGCUUUCGGACAUGGUGUAGGCGAUGACGAUGUUACGCCGCGAAAGUCGACAACGCAAACAAAACUGACGCCCGAGCCCCUGACGCCGACGACCGUGAGAAAGGUGUCUGGCGCAGCGCUGUCGAAGGGUCAUGGGAGAAAGGGAAGCGAUUCUGUGACAUACGUUCGUGAGCCAGACCCCGCAGGCAACGGACAACCAAGGUGGGUCCUCGAGAGACGGAGGACCAGUGAGAUGGGAAAGUUGGAACUGGUAGGACGCGAAGUGGUCCAAGGUGGUUGGAUCUGA